UGGUAAUGGCAGCUUCGUGGAUAAAAACAUAUAUGCGAUAUGAUGCAAUAAUAAUUAAUUCGUGUGAUUUUAAUGUGCCAAAACAUGAUUAGUGAACUGCCCUUUUUUUUGAAGGAUGAGGACAACCUGUUGGAGCCAGCUUGGAAGGCAGGUGGAGUUCACCAGAGAUAUUUCAAGUCCAUUAAAUCCAUAAGAAAUCGAAAAAUUGCAAGCUCUUGGGAAAUCGGGACUGUUGAUAUUUUAGCAAGCUGCAAAAAGGUUCAGACUCUAAUUAGCAGUCAGGAAAUUAAUCGACGUCAACAUUCAGUACAGUCGCCAUCUUAUAUUUCCACCACACACGAAGACACAGUGUCCUUCAGGGAUGUAGCUCGUCUCUCUUUUGGUUUGACCAACAUAAUUAGUCAACAGGUUGACAGCUUAUUGGAAGAUACUCAACUUUUACUAAAUCAAAUUAAGGAAUGCGGAAACAUUUUUGUAGUCCCUGCCAAGCCUAUCUCAACAAAAUAUCGCAAGCGCAAGGUGACUACAACCAAAAAACCUGAUAAUAAGCCAACAAAGCGGCGAAUAGGUAAUGAAACUGAGGAACUGGAUAUUUAUUGCCCAAACUCCUAUACAGAUAUGUUAACCGAAUGCCUGGAAUGGAAUAAAAUUGAACUGGCAAGCUAACAAUUAUAUGAGUUUAAAUAAACCUAUCUAAUUUUAAGUUAUCA